AUGACGCCUUCCGGUGCACGUUCAUCUUCCAUCCCUCGCCAUUAUCAUCGUCUGGCCCGGCUGGAGCGCUUCACCGUCACAGAUGCAGUCCAUGUCAAGCUCAAGCUGCAGGCCUUAGACGCGGCCCUGUCUAAUCUCAAUCUUGAUCGAAAUGGCCAAGUUGACAUGAAGAGCGCUAUCAAUGCGUGCCAGUCGCGUCCCUUCCAUGAAGCCGUUUACGUGGACGGCUCGGAAGAGUUCUAUCUGCUUGUAAAGAGCUUGUCACGGCCAGACCUCAUCCCCAAUGUCUAUGUCAAUGCAUACAGCUCUGUGCUUCAUGGCAGGCCAUAUCUGAACGAGUACAAAGUCUCGGACUUUAGAAAGGGCGUGGAUCCAACCUUUUCCGAAAUACGCCCUUUGCUUGCCCAGAUAGAUGCCUUAUGCGAGACACAUCUAGACAGCGCCUUCAAUGAGCUCGAGACAAGAGGCAAGUACCUGAAUCGUCCAAGCGACCUCCGCCUCCUGACAUAUUCUCACUUGUUACCACGCGAGGCUCACCUUGCGCUGAUAUACCAGCCACAUCGUGAACACAAAACACCGCGCAUUCGUCUGGAUGUGUUGCGCACGAACAAGCAGAUACACGACGAAGUGGUCGAGUAUUUCUACGAGAAACGCACCCUCUUCCUCGUAGCAGCGCGAGACAAAGCAAGCCAGACUCUCAGCAACAAUUACCUCUCUCGCUUCUAUGACAUGGUCGCUAUGAUGAACCCGAGGACGCGUCAACUUUUUGGAAAGCUUGAAAUACAAGUGUCCUACCUGUCAGGACAAACAACCACCAUGAAACGUUACCCGUCUAUAUCCUUUGUAGCCGACCCAAUGCGAGAUCUCUUUGCACUCCUUCCUAAAGUGCAGACCCUCGUCAUUGCCUUUGGACCAACGCCUUUCAUUGCUGGUGAGAAUUGGGGCAUCAUCCGAGAGAAACUCGAGACUGUCUACUGGUUGAUCGACUGCGUUCCUGUAUCCAUCGAUGUGCGCUGGGAUCUCAGCCGAGCUUUUACGAGUCGUUUCAAGGUCGACGAGGGGCCGCUUAGACGCAUUGUUGCAAAGAGAGGGACAGUCCAUAUGGGCGAGAGUGUAAGCUCCAAGCUUGCAUCUCAACGUAGAAGUCUUCUACAUGAACGGCCUUGA